AUGAAGAAGCGCCAAGUCGUACUGAGGAGAUCAGACGACAAUAUCUCCAGGAACUGCACGAAUUCAUCGUUCGCGGUGAGGACGGUGAGAUACAUGGAGUGCCAGAGGAAUCACGCGGCGAACGUCGGAGGCUACGCUGUGGACGGUUGCAGGGAGUUCAUGCCGUGCGGGGAGGAAGGCACCAGCGGUGCUCUCACUUGCGCGGCGUGUGGCUGCCACCGGAACUUCCACAGGAGGGAGGUGGAGGUGGAGGCGGAUGUAGCCUGCGCGGGCGGGGGCGGAGGUUCCUCACCAUGUUCGGACUACACGUAG